GGUUUCAUAUGAUGAGGCUUUUAUUAUGGCCAGUGACCCCUUGGAAGGCUUUCAUGAAGUGAACCUUGCUUCACCUACUACGCCAGAUCUUCUGGGAGUAAAUGAGUCUGGGACUCAGGAACAAACUACCUCACCCAGCGUUAUCUAUCGACCACAUCCUUCUGUUGUGUCCUCUGCACCAAUCCAACCCAAUGCAUUAAAUGUUUCUGAACUUCCCACACAACCUGUUUACUCAUCUCCCAGACACCUGAAUUGUGGAGAAGUAUCAGGUGUCAGCAUCAAUGUUACCGACGCAGUACUUUGUGCUACCUCUGGACUCCAGGGUGGGUCAUUCAAUCACAGUAAUUCCAGAAAGGAAAGCAAUAAUGCAGAGAGAGAGUUUUUGCAGGGUGCUACAGUAGCAGAUGUUGCUGAAGGAAACGAAGAUAUUUUUGGGUUGAGUACAGACAGUUUAUCUCACUUACGGAGCCCRUCUGUACUGGAAGUGAGAGAAAAGGGCUAUGAAAGAUUGAAAGAAGAACUUGCAAAAGCUCAGAGGGAGCUGAAGUUAAAAGAUGAAGAAUGUGAGAGGCUUUCUAAAGUGCGAGAUCAACUUGGACAGGAAUUGGAAGAACUUACAGCUAGUCUGUUUGAGGAAGCACACAAAAUGGUUAAAGAAGCUAAUGUCAAACAAGCUGCAGCAGAAAAGCAGUUGAAAGAAGCACAGGGGAAGAUCGAUGUCCUUCAGGCAGAAGUAGCAGCACUGAAGACGCUGGUACUGUCCACUUCACCGACGUCGCCGACCAAAGAGCUUCAGUGUAGUGGAAAAACCCCUUUUAAGAAAGGGCAUGCAAGAAAUAAGAGCACAAGCAGUGCUAUGGGUGGCAGUCAUCAGGACCUUACCAUGAUGCARCCAAUUGUAAAAGACUGUAAAGAGGCUGACCUAUCUUUGUAUAAUGAAUUCAGAUCUUGGAAGGAUGAGCCUACUAUGGACAGAACGUGCCCUUUCUUGGACAAAAUCUAUCGGGAAGAUAUUUUUCCAUGUUUAACUUUCUCAAAAAGUGAGCUGGCCUCAGCUGUCCUGGAGGCUGUUGAAAACAACACUCUGAGCAUCGAACCCGUGGGCUUGCAGCCUGUUCGGUUUGUGAAAGCUUCUGCAGUUGAAUGCGGGGGACCAAAGAAAUGUGCUCUCAGUGGACAAAGCAAGUCAUGCAAGCAUAGAAUCAAAUUAGGAGAUUCGAGCAAUUAUUACUACAUUUCUCCUUUCUGUCGUUACAGGAUCACGUCUGUGUGCAACUUCUUUACAUAUAUUCGAUAUAUCCAGCAAGGACUUCUGAAGCAGCAAGAUGUGGAUCAGAUGUUCUGGGAAGUUAUGCAGCUGAGAAGAGAAAUGUCCCUGGCAAAACUUGGCUACUACAAGGAUGAGCUCUAGAUCUUUUUACUCUGCACAUGCAUGAACUUCAUUUAAUAUACAUAACUCUGAAAUGGCUGAUUCCUUUUUGUCACUUGAUAUUUAUUUCCACAAAGUGGGUCCAAGAUUUUUCUCCUUUUGCAGAUUGCACUAAGAAGUACUGUGAUUGUUUUAAACUGACUAAUGCUGUACAUGCUUACAUAUGAUAGAUGAACAAAUGUGGUAAGCACUUGCAGGUGUACUAGUGAUUGUAAUUUACA